AUGAUCAAACAGGAAGCUGGUGGUAGUGAAAAGGAACAAGUUAAAUGGUCAGAAAUAAUGGAUUAUGUGUACAUCCAAGCGAUGAUUAAACAACAAGAGACAGGCAAUAGGGUGAAUGGUAGUUUCACACCAACUGCAUAUGCUCAAAUGGUUGAGGAGUUGAACACAAACCAUCAAAUGGAUAUUACCAAAAGUCAUUUGAUGAAUCGCUACAAAACCUUAAAAAAACAUUUUUCGCAAUGGUACGAUCUGUUUAGGGGAAUUUCAAUGAGCGGAUUCUCUUGGAAUUCGUCUACUCAACUAAUUGAAGCGGAGGAAGAAGUAUGGGAUAAUUUAAUACAAUCAAAACCUGAGGUUGCGUCGUUAAGGACAAAAAAGAUUGCAUACUUCGAUGAGAUGUUGGUAUUAUUUGCAAGGGAUAGGGCAUCUGGUGCACAUGUUGAGACAGCAAAAGAAAGAAAUGCCCGAUUAAAUAAAAAUGAAAAUAUUCAAGUUGAAACAAUUAAAGAAGUUGAUGACAUGUUAGCUAACAAUGAAAUUCAUUUGGAGAACGAAUAUGUUGAUCUUGAUGAUAACAUUCAGGAUGUUAUUCCACCUCCUUUUUCACAAGAACAGUCUUCAUGUGCACAGAAGUCUAAGAGUAAAAAGAGGAAAUUUGAAGACGACGAAGAAGAAGAAGAUAUUAACUCAAAGAUAAUGAAAUCGGUUGAUAAUGUGGCUGGUGCUAUCAGGGAUGGUAAUAUAAUAUUUGAUAGAGCUUAUCCUCGGGAAUAUACAGGGGAAGAAAUUUAUAGAGAAUUGGAGUUGGUGAGUUUGGAACCCCAUGAAUUACCGAGGGCUCUAAAUUUUUUGGCAACAAAUCAAGCAAAAGCUAGGACAUUGUUCAGUUGUCCCCUUCAGAUACGGAUGGGUGUCCUUAAAGAUAUGAUGGGUGCACGUGAUUGA